AUGCAAGAAAUCAUGGAGAUGCCCCGCGAGUUCAUCAAGGACGGCACCCAGUUCAUCAACCGCUGCACCAAGCCCGACAAGCGCGAGUUCCUCAAGAUCUCCCAGGCCGUCGGUGUCGGUUUCCUCGUCAUGGGUGUCAUUGGCUACAUUGUCAAGCUGAUCCACAUUCCCGUCAACAACAUCCUUGUCGGUGGCGCAUAA